AUGUUCACAGCCCAACACGGUUGGCGAGAAUGCCGACCCGCCGAUUCGCCGGCUACUCUAUCGUCGUAUGGUUCCGAGGAACAGUUCUCCGGUGUCACAGAAUGCAUUGAAUGGACGGCAUUUUUUUUUGUAUCAGCCAGUCCAAUGACGUCGUGCCUUAUCCUUGUUGUCUACAUGAUCGAGUACUGUCGAGGACUCAAAUGCAAAUGA